UGCCGGUCCCCCCGCCCCGGCCCCCGAGUUCCGAGCGGGCCGGGCGGGGGCGGGGCGUCGGGCCAGCUGAGCUAUCCCGUCAGACCGCGCCAGUUUGAAUGAAAGCUCCUCAAGAUGGCGGCGGCCGGGCCCGAGGCGCGAGGAGCUUGGUGUGUGCCUUGCCUAGUUUCACUUGAUACUCUUCAGGAAUUAUGUAGAAAAGAAAAGCUCACAUGUAAAUCGAUUGGAAUCACCAAAAGGAAUCUAAACAAUUAUGAGGUGGAAUACUUGUGUGACUACAAGGUAGUAAAGGAUAUGGAAUAUUAUCUUGUAAAAUGGAAAGGAUGGCCAGAUUCUACAAAUACUUGGGAACCUUUGCAAAAUCUCAAGUGCCCAUUACUACUUCAGCAGUUCUCUAAUGACAAGCAUAAUUAUUUAUCUCAGGUAAAGAAAGGCAAAGCAAUAACUCUAAAAGAAAAUCACAGAGCUUUGAAACCUGCCAUUGCUGAAUACAUUGUAAAAAAGGCUAAACAAAGGAUAGCUCUGCAGAGAUGGCAGGACGAACUCAACAGAAGGAAGAAUCACAAAGGAAAGAUUUUUGUUGAAAAUACAGUGGACUUAGAGGGCCCCCCUUCAGACUUCUACUACAUUAAUGAAUACAAACCAGCUCCUGGAAUCAGCUUAGUGAACGAAGCUACCUUUGGUUGUUCAUGCACAGAUUGCUUCUUUGAGAAAUGUUGUCCUGCUGAAGCUGGAGUUCUUUUGGCUUAUAAUAAAAAUCAACAAAUUAAAAUCCCACCUGGUACCCCCAUUUACGAAUGCAACUCAAGGUGUCAGUGUGGACCCGAUUGUCCCAACAGGAUUGUACAAAAAGGCACACAGUAUUCACUUUGCAUCUUUCGAACUAGCAAUGGCUGUGGCUGGGGUGUAAAAACCCUUGUGAAGAUUAAAAGAAUGAGUUUUGUCAUGGAAUAUGUUGGAGAGGUAAUCACAAGUGAAGAAGCUGAGAGACGGGGGCAGUUAUAUGACAACAAAGGAAUCACAUAUCUCUUUGAUCUGGACUAUGAAUCUGAUGAAUUCACAGUGGAUGCAGCUCGAUAUGGAAAUGUGUCUCAUUUUGUCAAUCACAGUUGUGACCCAAAUCUUCAGGUGUUCAAUGUUUUCAUUGAUAACCUCGAUACCCGUCUUCCCCGAAUAGCGUUAUUUUCCACAAGAACUAUAAACGCUGGAGAAGAGCUCACUUUUGAUUAUCAAAUGAAAGGUUCUGGAGAUAUAUCUUCAGAUUCUGUUGACCACAGCCCAGCCAAAAAGAGGGCCAGAACUGUAUGCAAAUGUGGAGCUGUGACUUGCAGAGGUUACCUCAACUGAAUUUUCAGGAAAUAAAACUGAUGAUGAUUAUAGUUUUUUUCUAAUGUUAACAUUUAAAAAAAAUAAGUAUUUGGGACUCUUUUCAUAUUAUCAAGAUUAUAUACUAUGUUAAUUUACAAUUACAAUUUACAAUUCAUGUUUCAAACUGCUGGCCAAAUGCAUUACUGAUGCUUCUGAAGACAGGAACACAGGGUCACACAGACUAAUUUGAAAUAUACAUAUUCAGUGGUUAGAUACCAAACAUGAAAGGAAAACUACUUACAGAUCAACAUAUGUAACCUUAUGAAGUCGGUGUGAAUAGAGAAAUGCCUCCUUCAGUGUUUAAGUGUUAAACUGAUGAUGUAACAAUCGCUAAGAUCAAACAUUCAACUUGCCAUACACCUCAAAUUUAGAGAAAUAGAGUUAAUUCAUAUUGGACAAAUAUGCAAGUUCUAUUUUUGUUAUUGUCAUUCCUGUUUACCUACUUACUACUCAUUGUAUUUGUAUUUGAGACAAAUAGGUGAUACUGAAUUAUACUCUAUUUUCUACUCAUUAAAACAUUGGGAUCUUGAUAUAGAAAUUUAAGGUCUAAAAUUAAAUGUAAAAAAAAUUUAAUUACAGCUUGAUUUAAUAUUUUGAAGCAGUCUAGACCACUAGGACGGGCAGAUGUCUGAACCAGUAAUUCUAAAAGAUUUUUUAAUCCUGUAGAAGAAAAAUAUCCAAAAAGUUCUCCCUAAAAUUCUAGAAUGGGUGGCUGUUAUGCUUUGAGAGGACGGGGUGGUGGGACCAGGGGGGUUUUUUGGAGUGCUAAGCAGGGGAGAUGGAGCACUUUAAGGGCCCCUCUUGAUAACAUGAACUAGGCAAUCCAUGCUAAGUACCUCCGGUCUCCACAGUAAAACAAGAUACACCCUGGCAGCAGCUAUAUGUAACGAUAAUGUUCCACACAGUAGUUAACAUUACAUCUUCUGAAUUUCAGGUAGUUUUAACAUUUACUUUCCACCAAAUUUAAUUAUUUUUAUAAUAAAUAAAGGGUCUGCAGGCCCUUCUUAAGAAGUGAUCUAUAUUUUGAACUGAUACUUAUUUUAUACAUGAAUUUUUUUAAUGUGAUAAAGCUAAACUUGGCUUGGCCAAUGUGUGUGUCUGAAUUAUGAGACCAUUUAUUACUUGAACUACAGAGACUGAAAUGGAUUAUAUUCAUUGUUUGGGGGAUGUUUGUUUUUUGUUUUUUCCUACAUAGUGAAACCUCAGUCGAGAAAAACUAUAUUUUCAUCUCUUUCUGAUCCUGGGACUUCUAAUCAUGGUGUCCAACAUGAAGGCGAGCAGCAGAUAAGUCUAACUUUUGGUAUUCUUAAUUAUGUUCUGCCAGACCUCACUGCCCAAGGCUUUAAUGACCUACAGUAAGCUUGGGUAAAAUUGAACUGACUUCAGGAAUGCAGCACUUCACAUCUUAAUCCUUAACCUCUGUUUUGGGAGAAGCUACACUUUGUUAUAGUGCUAUCACAGGAUUUUGCUCUUUCAUAAUAUAGGGUAAAUUGUUUACAUUUUUGGAGCCUCUGAGUAUAUCUGCUCACCAAAAUUUGCCAAAGGUGUCAAGGAAAAGUAUAUUUUUUAGUGCCAUUUCUUGUUUUUCUUUAUGAAAAAAUAGUCACAUGGUGUCAGUGGUUAAAAAAGCGUCACAGAUUUACAGGUUGCUCCCGGUGACCAAACUUACUUUGAACUAUAAUUCUCACAGGUUCAAAGGUGUAAUUGUAACGUUCUUUUUAAAAAAUCAGUGUUUUACUGUCUGGUUAUUUGCUCUUGUCUACUCUCUGUUGAAGAAAUGUAAAGCUGGAGGACAAAGGGAAAAUGACUAUUUUUGGUAAACUCAUUUUGUCUUGUCCUUAUUAAUAGAAACUUAAUGAGCCUUUGAAAUUUUAAAUACCUGUGUUAUCCUUAAGUUGUUAAGCUGAACUUAAGCAGUAAAAUAAUAGAAACUAUUUAAACAAAGCUGUUAGGAGCUUUAACUAUUUUAAGUCAACAUUUAGCUUCUUUAGUUUCCUAAGUUGUCAGAAUUUGUUCUCUCAAUAUAAAGCAAAUAUUCAAGGCUGAUAUUUAGAUCAAGUUUAAACUGUCAAUCCACCGUUCACGUUGUAGUAAUACCAUUGUUUGUGUAUCACAAUCCUCUUCUGUAGAUACUGAAAACAAUUGGUAAUCUCAGGGUUUUUUCUCAUAUAUGCACAAAAUCUAGACUGCACUUAUUUUUCUUAUAAUUCAGCAGUUUCUCUUCAGCAAAAUAAAUUUACUUUGCAUUUGAUUUUCUAUUUAU